UUGAUAAUGGAAGAAGAAGGAUUCUAUACUAAUUUGAUGAAUGAGGGCAACGAUUCCUUAGAUUGGGAUAGUUUGAGUAGUAUGCCUGUGGAGGAUGAUAUGAGUAACCAGCUUGAUGAGAAUGGCAUGAGUAGCGAGCCUGUCACGCAGCAGUUCCCAACUGCUGAGAGGACUACCGUGGCUAGACCAAAUCAAAAAAGAUCGAAGAAUUUUAGCGAACAAGAAGAUAAGAUACUUGUGUCGGCGUGGUUGCAUGUAAGUUUGGAUCCAGUGCUAGGCACAAAUCAAACUCGUGCUGCAUAUUGGACUAGAAUAUAUGAGCACUUCUACAAAACGAGUAAAUCCACACCAGAUCGCAGCCAAAAUUCACUUAUGCAUCGUUGGAAAACUAUACAAGAGAAUGUCAACAAGUUUUGUGGACAUCUGAGCCAGAUUGAGGGUAGAAGGCAAAGCGGGGUUAGUAUACACGACAAGAUUGCUCAGGCAAUUGCUGUAUUUAAGGAGUUGGAAGGAAAGCCCUUUCAAUUCCUUCACUGUCGGUCUCUCUUGCGGUCACAAUCUAAGUGGCAUGAUAAGAUGAAGCAAAUAACAUCCCAGAAACCCUGUGCCACCAACAGACAGAAGCCAAGCACAGAUGGUUCAGCAAAAGCUACACCCACAAAUGAUGAAACUACCAAUCAUGUUGGUGAAGAUAAUGAACCUACAGAGACUGAAGAGCCAAAGAGACCGAUGGGUAAGAAGAGAGCUAAAGAGCAGUUGAGGCGUGGUGAAACAUGCACAGAUGCUUUUGAUCAUUUGUGGGAGAAAAAAAAAGAAGCUGAUGCAGAGAAGAAGAAGGAGAGAGAUGAGAGGCACCAAAAGUCAUAUGAACUAGAUAAGCAGAGGCUUGAGUUAGAUAAAAAAAAGGUCGCGAAUGAGACGGAUGAGAUACAGUUGAAGAGGAUGUUAGAAGAAGAGAGAAUUAUGACAAUGGACAUUUCUUCCAAGCCUCUCUCACAGCAGCAGUUCUACAAGAGUGUACAAGAUGAGAUCAUCGCUCGUCGCAUGAACAGUUCCGGUUGAUAGGUUUGUGUUUCAUAACAGUUUACAUUCAGUUGAGUGCCUGUGUUCAUGCAUAUACUUGUUCUUGUGUCCAUCUUGUUGAAAUGCUGCCUUUGCACAGCUGCACUACACCAUCUGAUUCUUAAAUAUGUUGCAUGAUCCACUACACCGUCUGGCAAUUGUGUCUAUUUUGUGUCUCUAAAUUAGGUGGGUUUACUAAGUCUAUGCAAUGCAAACUAUUUAAAUUCAGAAUUGUCUAUUCAGUACUUGGGUAAUUCCCUCAUCCUGCUGUCAGUAAUGCUUCUGUCUUU